AGUUUGUAAUAUUUAGAAGAUAAUGUCACUGUGGAAGUUGUUUGAAGGGGCCAGGUACUGUGGAGGUGUGUGUGAAAACAGUCUCAAAAGAUACAAGAGAAUAAGAGAUAACAGAGAUAAGUUGGUUGAACUGGGUUUUAUGACACUAGAUGAACCACUGGAAUGUUACCGGACUAAAGAAUGGGAGGAACAUACCUCAGCCUACUCACAGUAUGAAAUAUUGCUGAAUCAGUAUGAAGAUGGGUUAAUAAAACUUGAGGAGGUUGUUAAUAUUGAUCCCAGAAACCCCGCUGAGAGGUACAGCUCAGACAGUGACAAAGACAGUCCUGUAGUCAAUACGAAGAAGAAAUCUCCCAACAAAAAGAAGAAGUCCCAGAAAGGUAAACAUAAGAAUGGAAGAGUUGAGACUAAAAAGAUAAAAGUAGAACAGCUAGAUUGUAUGGAAUGUGUAAGACAAGUUAAUCAGCCUGAAGAAGCUGAAGCUCCUGAAGUAGAGGAACUAGAGAUGUUCCUACACUCAGAACCUGACUCUGUACCAGCAUUACAAGAUCUACUUGUCAACAAGAAUCUAGCAUCUCACCUCGGAGAAGGUCCUGUAGAUGUGUGUAAACUGAUUGCAGAAAACCCUGAGUUUACACAUGAAAUAUGUGAGGCUAACAUAGACCCUCUUAUGUCUGAUGAGGAGUUCUAUAAAAUUACUUGUGAGACUUAUCCUGGUGGCUGGGAGAAAUUCCUGGAGGACAUGGAGAAUGAAGAGUCCUCAGAUGAGGAGAUAGAUAGAAUUGAGCUGCCCCCUGACCUCUAUAAUGAACUUAUGUCAGACAAGAGUAAUGAUGUACCUGACGAUGACGAGGAACAGUAUAAGUUUGGUAGAAUAAACAAGGACCAGGCAGAUACUUGUCUUGAUCGAGCACUUGAGUUGUAUGAUAACUAUCACAACAUGACUCAGGACGAGUAUAACAAAAAAGUGAAGGAGGUGCUCAAAGAUAUGGAUAGAAUUACUGUUCUAGAUAAUGAGGGCGACCAUACCAAAGCGAGUACUAACAAAAGUAACAUACCACAAAGCAAAGAAUAUGCCAGAACAACACCUGAACCUAAUGACAACUUACCCUCUUGUAGCGGUACACACAACGAUACUGAACGUAGUGACAUGGUAACUCCAGAUAAAAGUAGCAGUAGUUAUCAUAAGAGUGAAACAGACAAUGUGAGAAUUGAUAACACAUCUGGUGUAACAACAGAGUCUAAUACCAGCUACAGCUCUGUAACACAAACAAAGAAACUCCCCACCAUACUCAGUAACAGAGAAGUGUACGAGAAUAUUGACAAUAUUCCCCGUCCUUCUUAUUGGUUACCUGAGUCGGAACCUGACCCUGAGAAGAAAGAAGAAGAGAUAGAUGAUUUUGAGUAUCUAGGAAUGUUGGAUGAUGGUUAUCUACUAAGCUUGUUUGACGAAGAUAAAGAAACAGAAGAGAUGCCAAACACUGCACAGACACACAUUAGUGUUCCUACAGAUACCACUGCUGAGAGAGAUAACAUUCAGGAAGACUUCUCCAAGACAGAACUUGAAGCAGCUGCAGGAAAAGCUUCUAAAAAUAGACGUAGUAACCCUCCUAGAGUUGCUAAAGAGGGGGUUACAUACCGUGAUGAUAACGAUAAUCUGGAGGAGGUGUUACAGUCUGAAUAUUUUUGUUGGCAGUGUAAAGAUUAUGUGAGGGGAGAAUGUGAACUACAUGGUCCUUUACUCCCCUGUUUAGAGGAUAUCAGCCAACCAGGAACUAAGAAGACUGCAAACUUUCCAGUUCCUAGUUGUAUUGAAAUCAAAGAAUCCACAAUUCCCAGGGCUGGAGAUGGAGCUUUUGCGUCUCAGUUUAUUGAAUCAGGAAGUAUAUUGGGUAACUACAAGGGAAAAGUCGUAUCAGAAAAGGAGUACAAGAAGUUAGAGUCUUCAGAUAAAGAGAGUGGAUAUGCGUGGAGAGCUGUUAGUCAGGACGGGGAUGUUAUCUAUCUAGAUGGGGCUAGUCACAGGGCUAGCAACUGGUUACGGUUUCUUAACUGUGCUCGGGGUCAAUGUGAAGAGAACGUCCUUAUUAGAAAUAUCCCAGGUCAGCAAUAUCAUUGCACUGCAACUGGUUGUCUUAAGCUGUUUAAGACACAACAAGAACUGGAGACACACACAUGUGGGAAAACUCGAGGAGUAUCAGGAAAAGAGAAAGUACACAAGUGUGCCACCUGUGGGAAGAUGUUUACUCGAAGAGCCAAUUUAACUAUACACAUCAGGAUAGUACACGAUAAGGUAGCGAGACUCAGCUGUCCCUACUGUAAAUAUAGGACUGAUCACCAACACGCUCUCACAUGUCACAUGUUAACUCACAAUGGGGACAAACAGUACAAGUGUAAACACUGUGACUAUACUGCUAUUACGAAGCAGAGUCUCACUUCUCACAUCUACAAUAACCACACUAACAAGACAUACAAGUGUCGGUACAAGCAGUGUGGUGUUAAGAAACCUUCUGAACAGGAACUAUAUGAUCAUAUCAGCACAGAGCAUCCACUACAAAAAUACCGAUGUGAUGUGUGUCCAAUGUCUUUUAACACAGCAGGACAACUUGGAUACCACAGGCGAACACAUGGUGAUCGUGAGCUAGAAUCACAACACGAGUGUAAGUACUGUGGAAAACUGUUUUUAAAAUCAGAUAAUCUGAAGAAACAUGCUCUGACACACACUGGAGAGAAACCACACAAGUGUAGUGUGUGUGGUAAAGGGUUUAAUACGAACAGUAGUUUAAAUAGACACAUGAGGACACACACAGGGGAGAAACCCUACUCCUGUUCUUACUGUGAUAAGAGGUUUUGUGAUAGUAAUAACAAAAACAAACAUGAAAUUUUUUGCAAGAAUAGACCUUGUUGAGAAUAUUGUUAUUGAGUUAUUGGUAACUUUCUGUUAUAGUUUGUCGAAUUACUUAAUGCUAACUGGACUAUUUCUUCUGUCAAAGUUAUUAAAUAAUUCUUAAUUGUAUUUGAUUUGUCAUUUUCCAACUGAUGUUCAAACUAAUAUUGUCAGAAUAACUUU